CCACUAAAUAUUUUUUUCGCCACACGCACGUAGAGGUUUGUCAACCUCAUUUCGAGGAUGUCCUGACGAAAUUCGCUUUCAUGUGUUACCAGUGGAAGGAUAUUAUUUUCUAAAUCACUGCGACUUAUUCUACAAUGAAAAUAGGAAAGCAGAUCAUCUGUUUACGAGGACCUUAGGAUCAGCGACGCGUCUUUCACUUUUUCCGUAGAAGAGGAAAGAAGCUUGCUCUAUCAAGUUAGAAAGAUACUCUAGACUCAAUCGUUAAUUUCAGAUUAGAAGAUCUACAACAUGUCCAAAAGAAGUGAUAUUUACAGAGAAAUUCGUACAAGGGAAGAUAAAAUACGGUCAUUGGAAAACAAAAUUAAGCACCUAAAAGAACAUAGUGACGCUGAGAUAGCAAAGCUGGAGAGAAAAAUAAAAAAUCUGGAAAGCGAAAGGAAAAUCCUGAAAAAGGAGCUUCUGGAGUUACAAAAAGAGGUCAGUGGUCUAAGGAAGGAUUCCUCUCCAAAGCUUAAAGCAUUGUGUACUAUGGCAGAUAUGUGCGACGAUGUGCAAAGCAUGAUGUUUAAUAUGAUUUUCCCCGAAGAUUUUAACCCGGAUAUAUUUUACAAGGUGAAAGAUAUCGAAGAUAAACUGAGAAAAAAAUCAGAAAGGUCGAAGAGAAAGACCUGGAAAAAUCUCAAGAGGGAGUUGAGGUGGGACACACAACACCUCGAUACGGUUAAAUAUCUCAAACGGAAUAGAAACCAGAAAGCACACCAAAAAAAUAACCUGAGGAAACGAUCUCUCAUGAAAGCAGUAGAACUGUUAAAGGAACUGGGGUUUUUUAAGGGAGAUCUGUCGGUGGAAGUCACAAACCAGCUGAUCACCAUAUGGGGAACAUUAAAGAAACGUUUUGGUGCCUCCGUCAAUGGUAACAAUCGAAAUGACUCCAAUCCACAUCGUCGCUGUCGAAAGCGUUACGAAAACUAACAACCAAUCAGGUUUCAUGGCUUGUUAAAAGUAACCAGUCAAAUUGCAGGAAAAUGAAAGACAGCUUUUGCAGCUGUUCACCAACCAGCUCAGUCCUGGACCACUAAAACAUUGUACAAUUAUUUGUACUGAUUUUUUCGAUGUACAAUUUGAUGUAAUAGAGUGGCAACUGAACUUGUAUCGUGAGAUUUUGGUCUGAAAUCAUAGUUUUGAUUUCAAAUCAAACUCAAUCUGUGCGCUUGUUCAGACCAAAUUACUCUCGACUCAGUUCAAUUUUCAUUAUUAAUAACAACAACAAUAACAAUAACUUUAUUUCUAUAGCGGUAAAUACAAAAGCUCUAUAUCGCUUUACAAUCUAAUAAAUAUCUAACUAACAAUAACACUAGGACAAAAAUCAAUAAAAACCAAGUCUCAAAAAAUAAGUUUUCAAUCUAGAUUUAAAAACGACGACUGAUCGACUUUAUUUAAUGUCUAAGGGAAUAUCAUUCCAGUGCUUUGGGGCAGCGACCGAGAAUCAGGCUACAUGGAAUUAUUUCAUACUUUUACUGAUAAUAAACUUGAUCAGUUGUCACUCAUUAGAUAACAGAGUCUGCACAGCCUGCUAUUAGUUACACUUACUUAAAAAUCUGACCUUAUUGCUCCCAUUUGAAUUAAGCUACAUUACUUUCCUGUACAGGAUUACUUUUUAGAUGUUUCCAUUGCGUUAGAAAGCCCUAAAUGGUUUAGUGCCAUCCCAUACCGAUGAUAAAGUUAUCGAAAAUAUUCUAAAGCAUUGCAUUUUGCAUUCUUGUGUCAGGGAUCUUUUUUGUCACUCUAAAUAGCAGCCUAAACUAUGGUGAUAAAUCUCUCUGGAGGAGCACCCAAAUUAUAGAAUAACCUACCCUUAGGUAUUAGGAUGUCUUUAACACGCCAACUUUCACACUAAAUUAAAAUUUACUUUUAGAGCAUAUUCUAAGCAUCGCUGUACAAAAAAAAAGAUCGAGUUUAUGUGCAAACCCGAAACUAUUUUGAAUCGCUUCAAUAUUUUACGAUCUGAUAUGAAACAGCCUAAAGGUCAUUCUCUAAUUGAUUUACUAAUAGAUUGAAAGGAAGCCAAUAAAAUUUUUUACCCAUAAUUUUAAAUGAUUACAUUUCUAACUGUAGAUGCAUUUAUUCCUAUAGAGCCUCUGCACAUUUUGUCUUAAAGGACAAAAUACCAGACUGAACGUCAUAACGCUAGAGUUUACAUGCACAAAAGGGGUGUUAUCCGACUGCGGAUAAGCAAACCGCAGAGCCUCC